CCACAUUUCCUGCUCUCUUUCUCCUCCUUUCCUGCUCCUCCUCUCCUCCUUCCUCUCUCCUCCCUCCUCUCUCUCUUUCCUUUCCCUCCUUCCCUUCUCUACGUUUUUGCCAGCCUUCUUCUUAUUAUCCUGCUGCGCGCUGAAUGGAUCAUCGGUCCGACCAUCUUCUCGUUCUUAUCCACGGCCUCUGGGGAAACGUCUCGCACUUUGACUAUGUAUGUCGUGCUAUCGACCAAUACUACACCUUCGACGAUAUUGCGCCGCAGGUAACCGCUGAUAACGAUGCCUCAACCACCGAACCCGCCGGCUCGCCCUCUUCUGAUUCUUCAAACGAUGUGAAGCCUCAGAAGCAGUUGUCGGAUGAAGAGAUCCGUCGUCGCAUUGAGAGUCUCUGUGAAUCCGGUAAGCUUGCAAAGAAUAGCAAGUACCGCAAGCCGUAUGUCUUGGUCACCCGAUCAAAUGAGGGUUACCUCACCUACGACGGGAUAGACAUGUGUGGCGAGAAAGUCGCACUCGAGAUCGAGCAAGCUCUCGAUAACUACGAGCGCCAGGGAAUCCGCAUAAACAAGAUAUCGAUCACUGGCUAUUCUCUUGGCGGCCUCAUGGCGCGCUAUGCGAUCGGCCUUCUGUACCAACGAGGAAUCUUUAAGAAAGUAACACCAGUGAACUUCACCACUUUUUGUACGCCCCAUAUCGGCGUGAGAGCUCCAGGAAAGGGUUUGCCAACGACCAUCUUCAAUACCUGCAUUCCGCGAACCUUUUCCGCAACUGGCCGCCAGCUCUUCCAGAUCGACAAGUUCUCUACUUUCGACCGGCCCCUGAUGUCACUUCUGGCUGAUAAGUCUUCGAUUUUCUACCAUGCUCUUCUGCUGUUCUCCAAUCAUGCGCUGUAUGCGAACAUUGUCAACGACCGCCGCACGUCGUGGUUCACCGCUGGCAUCUCUCAUACCGACCCGUUUGUCGAUCUGCAUAAUGUGUCUGUCAACUACUUGCCUGGCUAUGAGCCAACUCUUGUCGACGUUACAAACCCAAUCUCGCCUAUUUUGCGUGGGCAGGAUCCAGACAUGAACUUGGUAUCCGGCACAUCGGGUUUGCGCGCAGGAGUAAGCGUUUUGCCUGCUUUUUUUAUGACUCUUUUGAAUCUCUUUAUUAUCUCGCCCAUUUAUGUGCUUGCAUACCUUAUUUCUGCAGCUAUACAGACCUUUUACUCGUCUCGCCGUUUGCGAGAGUUUCAUUCCAAGCGCAAGGGACGCUACGGAAUGGACGAGUUUCGUUUUCUCAAUAUCGAUGAGCAAAUCGAAGAUGUCGUCGAUACCGUUUUGGGCGACUUCAUACCGUACAGCAUGUCUCACUCGCAUGUCGACGAACUGAUGUCUGAGGAUAACUCUCUUGCUGGCACGUUUGAUGAAAAGAACUAUUACCACGUUCCUCCUUUGGAGAUCACAGAUCUGCAGUCGAAGAUGAUUCAAUCCUUGAAUACGGUUCCGUGGAAGAAGUUUCCUGUCCAUAUUACAAAGACGAAAGCCGCACACGCUGCUGUCAUUGUGCGCCAUAUGGAUUGGAAGGGAAUGGAAGAGGGCGAAGUUGUUAUUCGUCAUUGGCUCAGUGAAGUUUUGGUCAUGUAACUCAUCUGCUGACUUUCUUCAACGCUCCUGCCUGUUGCCUCUACGACUGCUUCAUGGAUAACAUCAGUCUGUCCAGCUGCU